AUGGCCGCAAGGCAACCAAUGCUUUCGUUUGCAAAAGUGGAAGCGACAGAGCAAAAGGAAGUGGCUGCAGUUGUUGAAGAAGUACAGGAACCACCAGUUGAAUUGACACCAGCCCCACUUCCGGCUGUAAAUGCUUGGUUUAAGAAUUCGGAGAAGCCAGCACAGCCUGAACCUGUUCCAGUUGUUACAGCACCUCCACCAUCUCCACCAAAAGCACCCACCCCGGUCGAAGUUCCGGUUGAGCAUCCGCAGAAGUCUGGCGAGCGGAUGGCAGAUUGGCCGACACUUGGUGAUGCUGUUGUUGAGGAGAAUGGCCCGGUGGUCAAUGGAACGGCGCACAGUCCGCGAGACUCCCCUAAACACAAAGAAGCCGACGACCACGGGGCCAAGAAGGCCGGCAAGGGAUCGUGGAAAAAGAUGGAAAUUGAUGUCGAUUACGGGAAUGCCGGCGCACGGCGAACAACACAGGCUCAUCCCCCACGGGUCGAUAAGCGGAAUCGUCCGCCCAGUCGUAAGGAGGAGGCUCGCGUUAAUGGAGUCGAACAUGCACAGAAUAGCCAUCCCACUGAGGAAACCCCAGCUGAAGAAACGACUGAUUCUUCUGGAUAUUGUAUUGAGGAUCGUCGAUCGAAUGGUGUAUACUAUCAAUCGGGUAUAGCACACGGCUGGAAGAAAGCUGUCAAAGAAGAGGAAAUUGCCCCAGAAAUGGCUGGGAAAGAGCAUGGAGAGAAGAAGGGGCCGGCUAAGUCCUCCACUUCGAUGACCGGUGCCAAAGAAGAGGGUCCGUCUCAGAAUGGAGUCCAGAAACCGGCUCAGAAUCGCUCGGGCCCCAGUGGCAGCGGAUCGUCGCAACAGAACCGCGCCGCCCAACACGGCCAAAACGACUAUUGGCAACGCCCCGGAGGGAAUAAGGAUGGAAAUACCUCGAAACACCCAGUGGCCACUGGCCCAGUUGUGGCCAAUAAUAACCCUCGUCCUCCACCUGGCCCCUCUCAACAACCACCAGCAUUCUAUCAACGGAAUGAUCGUUAUCAGGCCCGUCCGAAUCUUCAUGCUCCCCCGAAAUUGACGCCGGAGCAACGUCGUGCUCGCGGGCCAUUGCCCGAGUGGGAUGAGAUUCAGGAGUACGAGCCCGAUUUCGACUAUAUGCAAUUGAUGGACACUCAAUACGCACAGUACUAUCAAUUGGCUGUGCCUCCAUUCGAUCCGAAUAUUCCUCCAAUGGACCCGGCUAUGGCCACCAUGCUCAUACAACAAGCCCAGCAGCACAUGGCCACUUUUGGAUUCCGCCCACCACUUCCGGUCAUCAUUCCACCGAUCGUUGCCGCCCCUCCGCCAAUGCCCGAUGGCUCAGCCCCAAAUCCGGUCAUCUCGCCCACCGGUCCCAAUAUGGUCUCGCCGCCUGGAGUGCCCCAAAUGCACCCGGACAUGCCGUUAAACACAAAUAUCCCGUACGCCCCGGUGUUCUCCUCGCAUCCGGUCUAUCAACCAAUCUCCGAGCAGGGCUUGAAAGAGGCUGUUCGCAAGCAAAUUGAAUACUACUUCUCCCCCGACAACCUGCAAAAGGACUUCUUCCUCCGCCGGAAGAUGAGCCCCGAGGGGUACUUGCCGAUUGCGCUGAUCGCGUCGUUUCCGCGUGUGCGGAGUUUGACUGAGGAUAUCGCGAUUAUUGUUGAGGCGCUACGCAUUAGCGAUAAGAUCGAACUGAACGAUAUCGGUGAUCUCGUCCGACCGAGCUUUCGCCCAAACACAUGGCCUAUGCCUCCCACCCUAAUUCCCGCUGAACAAGCCGCUGCCGCCGCCGCCGCUGCAGCCAAGAAAAAGGAAGAAGAGGGAAAAGCCCAAGAGGGCCCCUCAACUAGCCAAUCCUCAUCAGCCAGCCAACAAACCCAACCGGAACCCAAAACCACUCAGCAGCAGAAAAGCACUGUAGAAGAAGCCCAACCGUCGGGCAGUUCGAAGGAUGAACCCGAGGUGGAUACUUGGCAGGAGGUGAAGACGAAAAAGAAGAAGCAGGGCCGCGGCGAGCAUCGAGAAUCCACGCGCCAAUCAACCGGAAGCAGUACACAGGCUUCGCAUAGUCAAGCAGAUGAAGCCGACUCAAAUGAACCGCUUUUGGGCGGGGAAUUCAGCGGGAAUACACAGUCUCAGACGCCGCGUCGGCCAGAUCAGAAAAAGGCUACGCGCCAGUCGACGUCAGAAUUCGCGGAAGACAUGAAUGACGACGCCAUCAACAAGCUGAUCAUCGUCACGCCGGCCAAGCGGACAAUGGACCGGACUGGCGACUUCCAAUCCCGCGCCAAAUCUCACUCGGAAUUGGCCGAGGAGGUCGAGCUGGGGCUCCGCCGUUAUGAGGAGGAGCUGUGGGCUGCUGUGCCGGAGGAGCGGUCCCCACCGGCGGCAAAAGUGGGUACGGUCUCAGCGGAGGAGUUCGCGCUGCUGAAGGGGGAACACAAGGAAGAAGCUCCGGAAGAAACGUCACAAACGCCACCGCCUGUGGACCCGAAACCCGAGGGGAAACAGCCAAAUACCGUAUGGGCAUUGAAGGCAAAGGAGCGGCAAUAUGGGAAUGUUGUGCCACGAAGCCCUAUCCUUCGACGAGAGACCGAAGAAUCGAAGGUCCAGCGUUUCUACCCGGUGCCCAAACCGGCCAGCCGCGCCACCGAGAAUAGCCCGAGAAAACAGAAGACGGCCCACAGCGAGAAUCCGCCAGUUGAGAUGCCCGUUGGAUGGGUAUACGGUACCCAGCCGGCUGGUAGUCAGACGACGACGUCGGUCUGCAUGCCAAGCCCGCAUCCGGCGGAAUCGUUGUUGAAGGAGAAUGGAUUUGAGCAGAAUGUCUACUCAGCGUGGAGGGCAAACUGCCUGAAACAGCGCCGUUCGCUCGGCUACGAGUGCACGGAGAUGAACACGCUCUACCGUUUCUGGUCCUAUUUCCUGCGCGAUCACUUCAAUCGCAAAAUGUACGAAGAGUUCCGCGAACUCGCCCUCGGAGAUGCUAGACAGGGCUCCCGCUACGGUAUCGAGGCCCUGUUCCGAUACUAUACGUACGGAUUGGAGAAGAAAUUCCGCCCGGAAGUCUACAAAAAUUUCAUCCAGGACACCGUCGAUGAUUAUCACAAUAAGCAGCUGUACGGCCUCGAGAAAUUGUGGAUGUUUUUGCAACACUACAAGAACGCGAAGCAGCUGAUUAUCCCCGCCGAAAUUGAUGCCGAGCUCAAGAAAUACAAGUCACUUGACGACUUUUGCGUGGUAGGCAAAAAGGACAAAUCGCCGAAAGCUGCCAGCUCGUCCAGC